GAAACCUGCACGGCAACAUCUUGGUGACAUCAUCUGACUGCGGGAUAAAUGUCACGCACGUUCCUCGGCCGAGUGUUAAAUACUCCCACCCCGUACGCGGGAACCAGACCCCUUCUCUCUCCCUCUCCAAAAAGACCCUGCAUGCGCGAGCUGCCCCGCCACACGCACUUAUCUGCUAAAGGUGUUUCUGGAGAGAAGAAACACAACAUUAAAACAUACCCCCUACCCUAAGUCGCGUGUUUUUGAGAAACCUUGAUGAGAUAUUGAAGGUGGCCAGCAACAGCCUUGGGCGGAGAAGAUUCACUUUUCAUCCAAAAGCAGACCCCCAUUUCCUCCAUGAUCUUAGCCGACUGAGGCGAGACACUCCUGGGGAGUUGUGAAGGAAAGCCGCCCCACUAGAUAAAAACAACUCAACCAAAUGCAAAUCUAAACAAGACGUUAAAAUGACGUCUGUGCCCAGUGGGGCCUCGCCUCGGUUGGGACUGGCUGCGAGAUGGGGAGACAUGGAGCGGUAGCCAGAGCGCAUAGGAGAGGAGCUAUAUAGGAUAGCCUCACCCUACAGAUCAACUUGACUGGGUUUUAAACCACUGCGAACAACAGCUACGUGAGGCGGAAAAGUUGUGAGGAAGAGCCGGAAAGAUGCCGACACCCAGCCCAGAAGAGUAGUCUAUGUUUCUCAAACCCCGGUUCAUAGACAUGGACCGAUACUAAUCGCUUGGAUAAUAGUGACCUUUCCGUCAGAUAGUUAGCCGACACCGGUUAAGUCAGUUACGAAGUAAUGAUUAUAAUCAAAAUGGUCCUCUAAGUAGGAAGACGAGCAGAGCAAGAGAGAAGUAGAGACGCUGCGCUAGAGUGAUCAGUACCGAUACCACGGACAGCGACUGAGAGCGUCAGGCUCCGCUCUCUCACCUCAACCGAAAAAACGGUUUGGAAUUUGAAAUAUUUCAUGAAAUAUUGAAAAUACACUUUUUGGGGGGGGGGAUGUAACAACGAUUUUCUCUGGAUUUUGAUUGUUUUCAGAACGAACCAUGAGAAGAGAAGGACUUUUAUCUUCAGACUUUUAUCCGUUCAUCUUUGGAAAUCGGUUCAGUCAUCUACAUCUUUAGACUUUUACUUAUCGCUGUCUUUUAAGUUUCAAAUACAUCGGAAUUUGAAUUUCCACUUAAGCUUAAUUGAGAAUGCGCACUUAAAGCCAGGUCUGAAGGUCUCCUCCCCUCCCCUACACACCCUACAUCCAAAAUGGAGCCUGUGGACAGGACAGGCUGGACACCGCUCUCUGGUGACCCCAACACCUCCACUCCCAACCUGGGGUAUCACUACUCCUACCCUGAUUCUGGUACUGCAACCCCGUCCUUCCCCUCCCCAUCCUUCUUCCCCAGUUCCUCCUCCAACGUGUCCAGUCAGAGUGUCCCGUUCCAGGGCAGCAGUACCCUGAUGACUGCGGUCAUCUCCCUGAGUGUGUUCGUGGUCGGCCUGAUCGGUAACACCCUGGCUAUCUACGUGGUGCUGCGCUACGCCAAGAUGAAGACCGUCACCAACAUCUAUAUCCUGAACCUGGCAGUCGCAGACGAACUGUACAUCCUGGGACUUCCCUUCCUCACCACCCAGAACGUUCUCUCCUACUGGCCGUUCGGCUCCUUCCUGUGUCGCGUGCUAAUGACCGCUGACUCCAUGAGCCAAUUCAGCUCCAUCUUCUGUCUGACCGGGAUGUCUAUCGACCGCUACCUGGCCGUGGUCCACCCCAUACGGUCUACAAAAUGGCGGCGUCCACGAGUGGCGAAGGUGGUGAGCGCCGCGGUGUGGGCGUUGUCGUUGAUGGUCGUCCUGCCCGUUGUCGUGUUCUCCGGCGUUCAGGACACGUUCAACUCGUGUAACAUUAGCUGGCCGGAGCCUCAGGAUGUGUGGUCGACCGUGUUUAUACUGUACACGGCUACGCUAGGGUUCUUCGGACCACUCCUGGUCAUCUGUCUCUGCUACCUGCUCAUCGUGGUCAAGGUGAAGUCUUCAGGUGUGCGGGCGGGCUUCACCAAGCGUCGGCGGUCAGAGCGUAAGGUGACCCGUAUGGUGGUGAUCAUCGUGGUGGUCUUCGUCCUCUGCUGGCUCCCCUUCUUCAUUAUCAACAUCAUCAACCUCAUCAUCAUCAUCCCAGAGUCCUCCGUGACCGCUGGCAUCUACUUCUUCUCUGUCAUCCUGUCCUAUGUUAACUCCUGUGCCAACCCUCUGCUCUAUGGCUUCCUGUCAGACAACUUCAGACAGAGCUUCAGAAAGGUUCUGUGCGUGCGGAAGGCCAACGGCGUGGAGGAUGGUGACCCCAGCGCCCCGAGGAUGGAGAAGACUAGAGAGACCACUAGAGACGACUCCUUCCUGUCGCCUAGGAACCACGAUGGACACAACGGACACACACCACAGAAUAGCCAGGCCGUCCAAUUGGAGCCUUGUGGUAGCCCAGGGGAGGAGACAAGGCCCUCAGGGCCCACUGUGACUGGCCAGUCCUCGCUUUAAACUCACUCUCUUUCUCUCUCUCUCUCGCUCUCUCUCUCUCUCUCUCUCUCUCUGUCUCUCUCUCUCUCUCUCUCUCUCUCUCUCUCUCUCUCUCUCUCUCUGCCUACUGAAGGUGUCUCCUCACAUUCCGGCCACACCCACUUCUCACACCACUGCAAACCUGCACCCUCCCCCACACGAGGCCGCCCCGUGACCCCGAUCCAGACCCAGGCACCGCCACCACCGUAACGACCAUGUCAACCCCGCCCAUCAUCACGGCACCCACCGUUGCCAUCGCCGCCGCCACGCCCCCCGCCAUGAACUCUGAACUCUUACUUCAUACACAAACAGGAAGUGGAAAAAGAAGGAUAGUGAGUUCACUUGCUGUGUAUGUGAAAACUCUUGAACCUAAAAAGGGAAGAGGAGGAAGAGGUGGAGAGAGGGGGAUGACAUUGUUAGAGGAGAAGGAGAGGAUGAAUAGAGGAAUGAACAGACUGCUAAACAGACAAAUCCCUUUCCUGUUUACUGAGUUCACACAACCUACACCACACACACACACACACACACA